AUGGAGCGACUGCUACAUGGGUGCGCUCAGAAAGCAGCCAGGGAUGGCGAGGAGAUCGACGGCAUCACAGUCAGCUUCCUCGAAGUCUACAUGGACCAGGUUCGCGAUCUCGGCUUUUCAGCAGAUGUCGGCCAGGAUGGUGAUGAGCCUACACCUCGCCGCUCCUCGAGCGGCGGCCUUGCUAGAGAUGAUGCAGGAGAGCCCACCGCGGUGCGUCGGAGGCCGAAGCUGAAGCGCUUCGCUACUCAAGGCACCUUCGCUGAUGCAGAUCACGGGAGCCAGAGCCUUGCACUGCGAGAAGGACCCGAUGGCUCCAUCCAUGUGCAGGGACUUGCGCAGCUGAAGGUUCGGGAUCUGUCUGACGUUUCCCGCAUUGUGCGAGCUGGACUGGCGCGGCGGGCCACUGCCCUGACGGAUGCAAACGUCCGUUCUUCGCGCUCACACACUGUCUUCAACGUGCAGCUGCCUACGCUGACACCGGAAGGCGUGCCAACACAGCUGAGCUUCGUGGACCUCGCAGGCUCCGAGCGCCUCGCCAAGUCCAAAGCGGAAGGCCAGCAGUUUCAGGAAGCGAUGGCCAUCAAUACUUCCCUCACUGCUCUGGGGAAGGUGGUGCUGGCUCUGGCAUCCGACCCAAAAGCUGUGAGGCACGUUCCAUACCGGGACUCCAAGCUCACUCGGAUAUUGUCGACAUCCCUCCGCACGCAGGUGUCCGUGCUGGCCACGAUCCACCCCCGUGUGGAGGACUAUGAGGAGUCCCUCAACACGCUGUCCUUCGCCGAUCGCUGCAAGAACGUAGCAAGGCAACCGCAGGUGAAGUACGUGACGGCAUCCGGCACGCAGAAGGCAAAGAUUGCGGAUCUACAGCGCCAGGUUGCUGAUCUCAAGGAGCAGCUGGCCAAGAUCCAUGCAGGCAGAAAGCCCGAGAAGGUAGACGAUGUCGACGACGCCAUUGCGCAGGUAUUGAAUGGUAUUGAAGUUUCACUUCCGUCCAGCAGAGACAACUCACACUGCUCGUGGCUAACCUUUGAAGAUAGCUCUGUUAUGAACUUGAAUCGCACGCUCUUCGGGAUUCUGGGAAUUCCGACCAAGAAAUUCAGCUUGUUCGGCUCUUCCACCAAGACUCUUAUCAGACUUCAGCAGAUGACUGCUCAUACUGUAGGCUUUGGCAAUGGCUUCAGCUCCCAGCAUGGCGGCCGACACCUCAGCAAGCUUGUGCAAGAGUUGAUUCAUCCGGUUCUCUGGCGCUGCAGGUGGCAUGCGGACCGAGUCCAUGGCAACAGAUGCCGCAUGGCUGUUCUCAACGCAAUGGCCUUGUAA